UUUCUUUGCAUAUAUUCAAGUCUUUGCAAUGGUGCACUGCAAAACUGUAGAUGAGCAGUCCCGUGAUGGUACAGGGAACCAAAUCAGUGGGUCUGAAAAGAAUUCAUCUGAUGACCUGAACUUGAAACGCAUGAAGCUACUAGAACACAACUGAUUAGUUUCUGUGCUGGACCAGCAGAAACAUAUGGUGCCUUUCACUCAACCGGCCCACCAACACAGGUGAAGGUAAAACAGAUGGGUGGGACAUGUGACUUUAAGUUUAGCUGUGUCUGUGUGAGGAGGGAUCAGAAGUGAAGCGAUGGCCCAGGUGAAGGUAGCGGGCGACAGUGUGAGGAUCCACCAGGACAGCACGGAUCUUUACUCCGACAUGGCUACUGUCAGCUCCAGUGCAGAUAUAGGAGAUUCGGUGAGGAAGGGGACAUUGUGCGAGACCUCCGUGGCUGUAGGCUUCAAUAGACGAAGCAGAGCAUACCCCUCCCCAGCCAGGAGACGCCACCGCACCACCUUCAGCCACAAACAGCUGGAGCAGCUGGAAGUGGCGUUUGGACAAAAUCAGUAUCCUGACAUCUACUACAGAGAGGAGCUGGCUCGAAUCACUAAACUCAAUGAGGCUCGCAUACAGGUGUGGUUUCAGAACAGGAGAGCCAAACAGCGUAAGCAGGAGAGGGCCUCGCAGAAGGUUCUCCCAGUGGGCGUGAUGCCAGGCCACAGGGCGCUUCUGGGAGGCGUGCACAUCCAGCCGUCCAGCAUGGCUCGGCAGUACUACCCCCAGCCCCUGCCCCACAUCCCUCGCCUCUCUCCCAUGUUGCCCUCAGGGGCAUACAGCCGCCACCCGCCGCCAGGUAGCCAGUGCCCAUGUCCCGGCGCCUCCACUCAGCCAACCUCCCAGCGGCAGCAUGAUGACUGGUACGGCUCACUGAGGAGCAACCUCACCUCGCCCAUGUUCUCGCUCACCUCCAUGCCGCCUCUGGAUCCCACCUCUCACUGGAGCUAAGAAGCACCAGAUGUUUCCACACAGAAUACUAAGAAAGCCUCUUUUUCAUCUUCACAGUUACACACAUCCUGUUUGCUCUCUCACUGCUGCAUUUUCAAGCUAGUCUGUAAAAUAAAAUUUAUCUUCUUAGCCACACCCGAGCUUCCCCAGUCCCUUGGAAACGACUGAUGUCUAUUGGAUUUGUAGAAAUGCAUUAAAAGGUUCUUUGAACAUUAAGGAUACUUUUUUUUACUUUGCAAAAAAAGGUUAGCUCAAGGAGCACACACAAGAAUUUGUUUUUAAUUUUCUAAACCUUUCAGCUUCAUUGAUGGCCUUCAUAGUUCCCUAAUACACCUACUGGUAACAUUAUC